AUGUGGGAAAAGGAUAUGAAUCAACCCCAUUUUCGCUCAUUUGCUUCGUUAUUAUCCACGGUAGUUAGUCGACGUUUGUCUCGUCUUUUCAUGACACAGUCAACUGGUAUUGGUUCGGUUACAAGUAAUGUAGAAAAGGAUUUAAAAGGAGCUGACGAGGAACAGCGAGAGUUGAUGGCGGAACAAGUUAUAUUGGUAUCACCGGAUGAUGAGGUUCAAGGUUUUGCAUCUAAAGCGGAAGCCCAUCAUGUGAGCAGUGGAUUGUUGUUACAUCGUGCUUUUAGCGUAUUCCUUUUUGAUUCUCACAAGAGACUUUUGUUACAACAACGUGCCAAUACAAAGAUAACCUUUCCUUUGUAUUGGACCAAUACUUGUUGUAGUCAUCCUCUAUAUAAUAUAAAGGAAGAAUUAUCGAGUGAUGCGGAUGGAGUGAAACAUGCAGCGAAGAGAAAGUUGUAUCAAGAACUGGGCAUAUCUCCUGAAACACUUGGCUUGGAAGACUUUCAAUAUCUGACGCGUAUCCACUAUCGUGCUAUGAGCGAUACUACUUGGGGUGAACAUGAAAUCGAUUACAUACUCUUUUUAGUGAAAGAUGUUGAAUUAAAUCCCUGUAAGAACGAGGUGGAAGCUAUACAUUAUGUAGAUAUGGAACAACUACAGUCUUGGUUAACUCAAGCCCAAUCGGGCUCGUCCCAUAUCCAAUUGACUCCUUGGUUUAUGUUUAUUGCAGAACAUUUUCUGUUUGAUUGGUGGAAACAAUUGGAAACUGAUCAAUUAUUCCGAGUAACAGAUAAGAAUCAUAUUUAUAGAGCAACCCGAUCAUUAUUGAAAGAUUGAAAUCAUAAAUCGUUCAUGUGCUUU